AUGUCCACUUCCACUUCAUUAGAUCAUUUAUCUCAAUGUGACAGCAUCAUUUCUUCCAUUCUGAUUGACUUGGUUUGGGGUUUUAACGUUGUAAAGCCUGCUCAGUGUAGGCUAGAUCUUGGACACUCAAAGGACACUAUCAUCGACAUGGUCAGUAGAUUAAAUUACAACACCGCAAGGCUCGAUCAGGGUUUGCUAGAACUCACUAGCAUAAAAGACUACCUCCGUAGAAAGAGGAUCCUUUUCAAGAGCCUCUUUAAAGAUCAUUUACACGUUUAUACCCUUCUAUUCCACCCUUCCACUCCUUUUGAAGUUUGUUUCAAUAGAAGACUCUCAUCCUUAACUCACAAAGAAGAAUACUCUUUGAUUGCUACCAAAAACAUCCCCUCAAACACUCCAGUCAAGAAUUGCCUUGCUACCCUCACUAAAAUCACGCCUAAACAAGACCAGUUCUUGACUGACUCUAAUAAUGACUGGAGUGUCCUCACUAGCCUUUCCUCAGGUACCCGCAUCUUCCUUGGCCCUGCCAGAUUCGCAAAUCACGACUGCAAUAACAACUGCCAACUCCAACGCACCAAAGACCACAUCAACCUCGUCACGAUAAGGUGUAUCCGUAAAGGUGAUGAAAUCCUACUCAAUUACGGCCCGCACUACUUCGGAGAGAAUAACGAAAAGUGCUUCUGUCGUUCGUGCGAGGCUGGCUGUAAGGGUGCAUUCCGACAUGCCAAUAGUGCCAAUAGUGUUAAUAGUCCAGUUGACAACCAACUCCGGACGAGAUUCAAUAGCUACAUACGCUCAAGCACAAACAGCUCAACUAACCACUCGCGAUCACGCUCCUUGUCCUCAGGGAGCUCCUCCCUCACUCCCCUCUCCUCAGCCCCUUCCUGUCUCGACGAGAUGCUAUGCCAGAACAAUCACUGCACAAAUGAAAAAUUACCGGAUAGUGCUGAGUGCUACACUUGCGACAUUCAUCGUAGGAUUUACAAAAACUCCUGGCCCAUGCGUAGUCGCCCGGUCGAUACCAUCCACACUCCCACCAACCAGAACCAAGACUCAGAAGACUCAGCAGUCUCGGAAGACUCCACAGACUCUGACUUUAUGAGUGAAUGA